UUACAGUUACUGGAGCAAUUGUCCUCAGGUUUCUCAAACUUUGUUGGCAACCAGUCCUUAGACAACAUUAUGCUUGGCAUAUGUGGCAAUCAGUCAGAUAUGAUGGAUGCCACUCUCUUGUAUGGGCUGAUUGGUGGUCUUAGUGGAGACGAUGUCAGUAAUGUCACUGAUGAGUAUGAUCCAAGUAAAAACAAUGAUAUGCCUGAAGAAUAUGACAGGUAUGCUGAAAUGGAAGAAGAAGAAGAAACUAAUGAAGAGUAUGUCUAUGACAAUUCUACCACUCCCUUCUGUAACUCACUUUUUGAGCAGAUUGAAUCAAACCGAUUUACUCGUAUCUUGUGGAAUCGACUUAAACCGAUCGUUGUCGGAUAUGUUCCUUUCUCACCAAAUACCACCACGGCACGAAGAGUUAUUGAUAAAACAAAUUGGCCAUUUAAGAUUUUACAGAAUAUUGUUGAUUUGGCUGAAGCAUGGCUGGAAAUGUCACCAGACUUGCUACGAUUUCUAAAUGAAACCACCUUACCGACAUUGCCACAGUCAUUUCUGGAUAUUUACCAAAAUAGCGCAUGGUUUGAUGAUUUCUUCAGAGUAUAUAAUGAGACUCUAUCUGAUAAAGACACAUGGAUACAGACGAUACAAACAUUAGAUGAAGUAGCCGAGAUGAUAACCUUGUAUUUGCCGUGUGUAAAUCUAGAUCGAUUCGUCGGCUAUGACACGGAAGAUGAUGUUGUACGUAGAGGAAUGCAACUAAUGGAAUAUAAUAAACUGUGGGCAGGUAUCAUAUUCACAAAUCUUAAUCCUGACUCAGAUGUUUUACCAAAACAUGUGCAUGCCAAGAUCCGUAUGUCAGUAGAUAUAGUUGAAUCCACUUGGAGAUAUGAAGAUGGCUACUGGUCUCCGGGACCUCGCGACAACAUAGCAUAUGACCUGAAAUAUCUUCAAUCUGGAUUUGUUUAUUUACAAGAUAUGUUAGAACAUGGUAUUAUCGAAGCCAUGUUUAAUAUUGAGAAAUUAAACACUGGUGUCUAUGUCCAGCAAUUUCCAUAUCCUUGCUACAUUGAUGACAUAUUUGUGUUUUUCCUGUCUGCUAUUCUGCCAAUGUUUAUGGUCAUAUCGUGGGUCUAUUCUGUUGCCAUGACAAUCAAGAGCAUAGUUUAUGAAAAGGAAAAACGACUGAAAGAAGUGAUGAAAGUGAUGGGUCUUAGCAAUGGUGUACACUGGUUAGCCUGGUUUGUUAAUAGUUUUGUUAUGAUGUUUAUCAGCUCGGUACUUCUUAUCGUGCUGAUUCAGUAUGGUGAUUUAUUGAUAUACAGCGACUUAUCAGUAGUCUUGUUUUUCAUGGUAUCCUUCAGCAUCUCCACAAUCAUGUUAUGUUUUUUGAUCAGUACGUUCUUUUCACGUGCUAACCUGUCAGCUGCCUGUGGUGGUAUAAUAUUCAUUGGAACAUAUGUACCCUAUGUACUGGUAAGCGCUUGGCAAGAUCAAAUGAAUCUAGCUCAGAAGACUGCUGCUUCACUAAUCAACACAGUAGCAUUUGGUUAUGGCUGUACUUACUUUGCCAUAUAUGAGAUACAAGGAGAAGGACUGCAGUGGAACAACAUAGGUACGAGUCCUAUCAGUGGUGAUGAGUUUAGUCUGAGGCGAGCUAUUGUUAUGAUGUGGGUUGAUUCUUUGUUAUAUGCAGUACUCACAUGGUAUAUAGAGGCUGUAUUUCCAGAUACACAGUUUUUUGAGUCAGAUCCUAGUCAUCUACCGCUGGGUGUCAGUAUUCAGAAUAUGGUGAAAAUUUACAAAAACGGCAAAAAAGUUGCAGUCGACGGAUUAUCGUUAAAUUUCUAUGAAAACCAGAUUACAUCAUUCCUUGGACACAAUGGUGCUGGCAAAACCACUACAAUGCCAUGUUUGAAGGAAGUUCAAAAACAAGGACUUGUUUCGACUUCUGUUCAUCCAUCUGCCAUCCAUCUAGAAAAUGAGGACCUAUGGAAUGACCUAUGUGCGUCUCACAUAGCAGAUGGUGCCAGAAUUUGCUCGCACGUAGAUUCCUAUGUCAAAGGUGAGAGGUCAACUCGUUAUUUCCUUAACCUUGAAAGACGUAUUGGCGCUAAACACACAAUUCUUAAAUUAAAGUCAGAGAAUUCUGAAGUUACUAAACAAAAAGAAAUCUUGCACGAAGCCCAUCGGUAUUAUUCUGUCUUGUACUCAACAACCAAUAUAAGUGAUGAAAAGAUUGAUUCUUAUUUGACAGAAGUUAAACUAGAGUCUGCACUAACUGAUGAUGACAGAAUUAUAUUGGAUAAACCAAUUUCCCUAGAGGAAUGUAAAAUACUUGCUAUGGGGAAGGAUAAAACUCCAGGCUGUGACGGGUUACCAGCCGAAUUUUUUUCGGAAUUCUGGGAUGUUAUUGGGCAAACAGUAUUUAACUCAAUUAAUGAAGGUCUAAAAACCGGAAAAUUAUCUGAAUCACAAAACAGUGCAAUUUUAAGGCUGUUGUGUAAAAAGGGUGAGCACAGUAGUCUAGAUAAUUGGCGUCCAAUUAGUUUGCUAAAUACAGACUAUAAGAUACUUGCAUCUGUUAUGGCUAGACAUUUACAGCCAAUUCUCGGACGUAUCAUUAGUACAGAUCAAACGGCAUAUAUUAAAAAUAGAUUUAUUGGCGAAAAUGUCAGAAUCAUUUCCGAUAUAAUCGCUUAUACUGAUAUGGAAAACAUUCCCGGGGCAAUUUUAUUUCUAGACUUUUGCAAAGCAUUUGAUUCUGUGGAAUGGAAUUUUUUAUUGAAAGUUAUGCGUAAAUUUGAUUUUGGUAAUAAUUUCAUUUCGUGGGUUAAAACAAUUUAUUCAGAUUGUAAAGCAUGUAUUAUCAAUAAUGGUUGGUUGUCAGACAAACUACACCUAACACCUGGUAUCAGACAAGGCUGCCCUCUAUUUUUACUUGUUGUGGAAAUUCUUGCUUACAAAAUUAGAGUGUCAACAGCACUUUCGGGAAUCACCGUACAACUUGAAACUCUAUUUAAUAGGGAAAUCCACAUUUGCCAAGUUGCAGAUGAUACAACACUUUUUGUUGCAAACGAAGACUCAAUUACUAAGGCCAUUGACAUUGUAGUUAAUUUUAGCAAUGUUGCGGGUCCUAAACUAAAUAAGAGAAAAACAGAAGGUCUCUGGGUGGGAAAGUGGAAAAAACGUCGGAAAAAAAUUGGCAAUAUUAGUUGGCCGAUUGAACCAAUUAAAUUGUCUAUCUUGACUGGUUUAUUUCCACCAACCAGUGGUACUGCCUAUGUUUACAACCAAGACAUUCUGACCAACAUCGAUCAAAUCAGAAAAAAUAUGGGAAUGUGUCCACAGCAUAAUGUGUUGUUUGACCAUCUGACAGUUGAUGAACACUUGUGGUUUUAUGCCCGAUUGAAGGGAAUGAGCAACCUAGAUGUGAAAACGGAAAUGAGGCAGAUGAUAAAAGAUGUUGGAUUACCUCAUAAACGAGAUGAGAAAGCAAAACAUUUAUCAGGCGGUAUGAAGAGAAAGUUAUCUGUUGCUAUAGCCUUUGUUGGUGGAAGUCGUGUUGUUAUAUUAGAUGAACCUACCGCAGGUGUUGAUCCAUAUGCUAGACGUAGUAUCUGGGAUCUACUCAGUAAAUUCCGUAAAGGUCGUACUGUUAUCCUCACAACACACCAUAUGGAUGAAGCUGAUCUUCUUGGCGACCGCAUCGCUAUUAUCUCUCAAGGAAAACUCAAAUGCUGUGGUUCAUCAAUGUUUCUCAAGAGUCAAUUUGGAAAUGGUUAUUAUCUGGUGUUGGUGAAGAAAUCUAACAGAUUAAGCUGGGCUGGUAGCGCGAGUGGAAUUGCUGAUAAAAAGAAAGUUAAUCAUGAUGAGGAUAUAACAGACACUGGUUCUGAUGAAGGCCUUGGCUCAGAGAGUAGUAGUCGAUCAGACAGCACAUCAACCACUCCUCUGUCAUUGCCAAGAUUGGUGGAUGCAACCAAUGCAGUGAGCUAUUGUGAUGAAGGUCUGGUCACCAGAUUUAUCCAGAGUCACAUACCAGGAGCAGAGAUUGCUGAGACCAACGGCACUGAGUUGACAUAUCUGUUACCAUCUGCAGCUACCAGAUCAGGUGGUUUUGAAAGACUCUUCAAUGAGCUAGACAAAAACAUGGACAAGCUGUGUAUAUCCAGCUAUGGUAUAUCAGACACUACACUAGAAGAGAUAUUUUUGAAAGUGGCAGAUGAUGACCCAGAUAAAUCACUGAAUGAUGAAAUGACUGACACAGGGCGUAUACCUGGACCAUUUUUAGGAAUUGGAAGUCUACGAAGAAAACAGUUAAAUACACAAUCAAAACAAUCAGAAUCAGAUAAGCGCAAACUACUGAGCGAUGCUGAACUGGGUCAGCAUGAAAAUGUCAUAUCAAGCACCACAAAUGUCACUGCAGCAGGAGACUCUACUGUGUUCCCGCCUCAAUCAGCAUCACUGGAACCAUCUGACUCAUCAUUUGGUCCAGCAUCCUCCGCAAAUCCCGCUACACAAAUCCUGGACAUGUCAAUAAAAGCCAAAGCUUGCAGGGCAAUGGAUGUCAUUACUCGCCCAUUAAAACCUUCUGGUGAUUCAUCAGUUGUACUUGUGAAAUACGACAAGAAUAAUCCGGAACCCUCAUCUCCAAGUGAAGGCAGUGGUUAUGUGGAGUUUCCGAAAUCAUUAAAUCACCACAUGGAUAACACGCAGGAUGCUGAAUCUGACACUGAAUCCUGCUUUGAAGACUGUGGUGAUUUGAAGUCAAUGGGAAGUUACCAAAUCACUGGUGCCAGAAAGAUUGUUCGACAGUUUGAGGCACUUUUCAUCAAAAGAUUUCACGGCUCAAGAAGAAAUCUCAAAGCAUUCAUUGCACAGGUAUUGGUGCCAGUGUUCUUUGUGCUUCUGAUGUUAGCUUGUUCGUUACUGGUUCCUCCAAUUCAGGAAGAACCUGCUCUACAGAUAAUGCCAUGGAUAUACACUGACCGACAACUACAGACGUUUUAUAGCCAAGAUGCCCCGAAUAGUGAACAGUCACUGAAUUUGGAACAGAAUUUACAUUAUACGCCAGGAAUUGGUACCAGAUGCAUGGUGCCAGAACCCACCAUUUUGGAUUUACCCUGUAUGAAAAAGGAAGCCACUGAUUGGAUGUUCACAGAUGUUUCUCAGUCGGUACAAGACUACAUUCAGAAGUUUAAUCUCAGCAAUGACAUGCCAUCGCCACCGUGUAGCUGUGAUAUUGGUACUCAGGUCUGUGAAGCUGAAGCUGGUGGUCCCAAACCCACAUACAGGGUGACUCAGACCACGGAAAUCAUGAAUAACUUGACACAGCGGAACAUUACAGAUUAUUUGAUGAAAACAUACAAUGAUUACAUUCAGGAAAGGUUUGGUGGAUUGAGUUUUAUUGAUGUCAAUAGUUUGGCAGUUAAUCAAGAUAUUCUUCAAAAUGCCAUGAAUAAUGUCACUGAGAUGGUUAAUAGAAACAUGACAGAAAACUUGCCGGAGAUUGAUCCUUCUUUAAUUCAAAAAUUAUAUGAAGUUGUGUCGAGUAUGGCAACAUUGGACAAUGGCAAGGUAUGGUGGGACAACACAGGAUGGCAUGCAUUACCAAUUUACAUUAAUAUAUUCAGUAAUAUGUUAUUAAGAUCUAACAUAGCAGUCAAUGAAGAUCCUGCUGAGUAUGGUAUAACAUUGUAUAAUCAUCCAAUGAACAGAACACAAGACCAAAUGGAUUAUAUUCUCUAUCUCUAUGCCUCAGUAGACCUCGGUAUCGCCAUCUUUACUGUAUUUGCAUUGGCGUUUGUACCAGCCAGUUUUGUGGUGUAUCUCAUACAGGAUAAAUCAAGCAAUGCUAAACAUUUACAAUUUGUUAGUGGUUUGAACCCUACAAUUUAUUGGAUUACUCAUUUUAUAUGGGAUUUGUGCAAUUAUUGUAUCACAGCAUUUCUUGUGAUUGUCAUAUUUGUUGCGUUCCAAAAAGAUUCCUACGUUGGUGGAGAAAAUCUGCCAUGUUUAGUGGCACUUCUGUUGCUAUAUGGUUGGGCAAUAACACCAUUGAUGUAUCCUGCGUCCUAUAUGUUUUCUGUACCGAGUACAGCAUACGUCUUCUUGGCAUGUUGUAAUAUCAUUAUUGGAAUGGUGGCAACAAUUGCUACAUUCAUUCUUGACUACAUGGAUGAUGAGGAGGACUUGAUCAAAAUUAACAAUGUGUUGAAGAAAGUUUUUUUGAUCUUUCCACAUUUCUGUUUGGGUCGUGGUCUGCUUGACAUGGCCACCAAUCAGUUGUAUGCAGAUGCGUUUGCUCAAUUCGGUGAGGAUAUAUUUACUAGUCCAUUUGAUUGGAGUAUCUGUGGAAAGAAUCUCUUAUGUUUAGGAAUUGAAGGUUUUGUCUUCUUUGGCAUAGUGCUUUUGAUACAGUAUGGAUCAUUAUUUCACUGUGGGUCUUGUUUUGAAACUGCUAAAUGCAAAGAAAACAUUGAGGAAGAUGAAGAUGUGUAUCAAGAAAGACAACGAGUGCUGAGCAGUGAGUCUAAUGAAGAUUUAUUGAAAUUACACAACUUGACAAAGGUUUAUAGAUCUCAUUCUGGCAAGAAGAAUAUAGCAGUGGAUAGGAUAUGUGUUGGUAUCCCAGCAGGACAGUUGUGUACACAGAUGGUAUUAGUCAUUGGUAAUAAUGAUGUUAUUUUGAUUGUAGUGGGUGAGUGGGGAAUUCGUAAGCUUGGGCUUGUGAAAUAUGCUCAAAAGAGAGCAGGAGAUUACAGUGGAGGUAAUAAACGUAAACUAUCAACUGCAAUAUCUCUGAUUGGUAACCCACAAGUUGUGUUCUUGGAUGAACCAACAACAGGAAUGGAUCCUAAAGCAAAAAGGUUUCUAUGGAAAUGUAUAAACAGUAUAUUAAAAGAAGGAAGGUCUGUCAUCUUGACAUCUCAUAGUAUGGAGGAGUGUGAAGCGUUGUGUAAUCGCAUUGCUAUAAUGGUAAAUGGUAGAUUUCAGUGUCUAGGAAGCACUCAACAUCUAAAAAACAGAUUUGGUGAUGGAUAUACUCUAAGUAUACGCAUUGGUCGCAAUGCCAUGGACAGUGUUGAUUUACAGUCAGUCAUAGAAUUUAUCAAAGCUGAGUUUCCUGGAGCACUGCUGAAGGAAAAGCAUUGCAAUAUGUUGGAAUAUCAACUGCCAUCAACACAGACAUUGUUAGCCAAUUUAUUUGGUACAAUGGAAAGCAGUAGAAAUCUGUUACAUAUUGAAGACUACUCUGUCAGUCAAACAACUCUGGAUCAGGUGUUCAUCAACUUUGCUAAGAUGCAGAGAGACUUAGAUGAUGACCUCAAGGUAGUGACAGAAGAUAAUGAUACCAUGGAUGUAGGUGAUAAUAGCAUUUCUAACAUUGUUAUUGACCAUUCCAGUCUUCCUAGUGUGAAAUAUAACACUGGUAAUGACCAUGAUCUCAGUAUUGCAGGCAAUGCUGCUGCUUCUUCACCAGUAGAUGCUAUGGAUAUAUUGGUGGAAACAAAUACCAAACCAUCAUCAGAUUAUACAGACAGAAUCCAAGAUGGUGAUCAAGAUCAGUCAGAUAGUACAAAUCCUGUACAUGUCAAAGUAGAGGACUAUACCACUGUCUGCUGA